GUCCUCUCCAACGUCAACCAAAACCUCUCGUCUCCUUUCUCAGACCAACCACAUUGCGCUUCCCUCAUCACGAUAACCACUCGCUCCUCGUCCUUGUGCCAGUACCAAAACUCUUUCGCCUCUCUCAAACCCCAAGCCUCACCAGUCGCUAGCGCAUGAAGAAGCUGACAUUACCGGGAUCCGCCGUCAAGGCGCAGCAGUUUGCGGGCAUGGCCGCCGACUCUUGGUUCAACGACGCCUGCAUCCUCGACAUGGACUACUUCGUCAAGACGGUCGCGGCCAUUAAGGCCAAGGGCGUCCGCCCCGACCUUGUCGGCUCCAUCAUCUCCCACUACGCCUCCAAGUGGCUCCCCGAGCUCGCCGAGGACUUCCUUGAGAAGGGCGGCGGCGACCUUUCCGAGUUCGAGGGGGGACCCCCCGAGAGCGCCAUGGCGUCAUGGAUGAAGAAGCGGUUCUUCGCCGAGACCCUCGUCGGGAUCCUUCCUACCGAGCAGGACUCCGUCGCGUGUGACUUCUUGCUACGCCUCUUGCGCGCGGCCAACAUGGUCGGCGUGGAGCCGAGUUACAGGUUAGAGCUAGAGAAGAGGGUGUCAUGGCAAUUGGAACGGGCCUCGCUGAAGGAGCUCAUGAUACCGUCGUUCAGCCACGCAUGCGGGACGCUGCUGGACAUCGAGCUCGUGCUGAGGCUGGUCAAGAGCUUUGUGAGCUUGGAGGUCGAAGGCGGCGGCAGCAAGAGCGGGGCUGCGCUGGUCAAAGUGGCCAAGCUCGUGGACUGUUACUUGGCUGAAGCCGCGGUCGACUCAAACUUGAGCAUCGGAAAGUUUGUGGCUCUCGCCAGCGUUCUUCCCGGUCACGCCCGGUCGUCCGACGAUGGCUUAUACAGGGCCAUCGACACCUAUCUCAAGGCACAUCCCAACGUGUCGAAACAAGGGAGGAAGACCCUGUGCGAACUGAUGGACAGCCGGAAGCUCUCGCCGGAGGCGUCCCUCCAUGUGGCCCAGAACGAGCGCCUGCCCGUGCGGGUCGUGAUCCAGGUCCUCUUCUCGGAGCAGGCCAAGCUGAACCGCCACCUUGACUGGAGCGGCUCCUUCAGCGGGGCCCGGAGCCCGAAACUGGCCGGGCUCGAGACCCCGGCGCGGUGCCUCUCGAAGCGCGAGGAGAGCGUGCAGCAGGCGGAGAUAUGGAAGCUGAGGGAGGAGGUGGCGAGGCUGCAGAGCCAGUGCGGCGGCAUGCAGGCGCAGAUCGAGAGGAUGCUGGAGAAGAAGAGCAAGGGCUUCUUCAGGUGGAAGAAGAUAGGGUUGGUGCCGAGUUCGGUCAAGAACACCGUGGGCGUGGUGGAGCGGGUCGACGAAGCGGAGCGGGUCGAAGCUGGCUUUGGGACGUUCACGCCCGUCAACAUGAAGACCAGGCUUGUCAGAGGCAGGACUCCCCCCAAGAAGUGGAGGAAAUCCACGUCAUAAAAAUCAGUAAAUUUGUGCUUCUGCGUAUGAACAUCUUAGUCAUAUCGUCUUGAGAUUUUCCCUUUUUCCUUACAACUUUCAGCAGCUUCUCUGUCGG